CAUUAACUAGUCAUUAUGAAAAUGUUAACACUUAUUUUAAUAUAAGGUGCAAUAUUGUUCUUUCAUGCAUCUUCUAUGCUUUUAUUUUGUCUGAAGGAAAUACAUUUGUAUUCUAAGAGAUGAUGAAGAUGAACGUGUUGAGUAUGAAGAACAAUAAUGUUAUCUUCUUUUGGUGGUUUGGAAUGAUUGUGAAGUUCUGUUUCUUGCUAUGUGCUUGUUCUCAGAAUACAUCAUUAAGAGGAGGUUUGAAGAAGAUCAAUAACCUGGGAUCCACAGUUGUAGUCAAGCUGAAUACAGAAAACAAACAGCAGUUAGUUGUUGACAAUGGCAUUGUUUCUGUCACUUUGUCAAAGCCGGAGGGAUACCUCAUUGGGAUAUCAUAUAAUGGAAUUGACAAUAUUCUUGAAUCUGAAUACAAAGAACAUGCUAGAGGGUACUUCGACGUUGUUUGGAAUGAACUGGGGAAGCAUGGAAAAGUCCAAAGAAUCCAUGGGACAAAAUUUUCAGUUAUAGUAGCUAAUGAGAAUAUGGUGGAGGUUUCAUUUUUAAGAUCAUGGACAUCUUCCAUGACUGGCAUAGAUGUUCCCAUAAACAUCGAUAUCAGAUACAUUUUCAGAAGAGGUGAUUCCGGAUUUUAUUCAUACGCAAUAUUUGAUCGCCAUGAAGGAAUGCCAGCAGUUAAGGUUGAUCAAAUUAGAUUUGUUUUCAGACUCAAUAAAGACAGGUUCAACUACAUGGCUCUAUCGGAUACAAGGCAAAGAAGGAUGCCAACAAUGAGAGAUGUUAAAACAGGUCAAGUUUUAGCUUACCCUGAAGCAGUUCUAUUAACCAAACCACAUAACCCACAAUUUACAGGAGAGGUGGAUGAUAAAUAUCAAUACUCAUGUGAGAACAUAAAUAACACAGUUCAUGGAUGGAUUAGUCUUGAUUCUGAUCCGACCGUGGGUUUCUGGAUGAUAACACCAAGUAAUGAGUUUCGCAAUGGUGGACCCAUUAAACAAGACCUUACUUCUCAUGCUGGACCUAUCACCCUCUCAAUGUUUGUGAGUCCCCACUAUGCUGGAAAGGAUGUAACCAUGGAAUUUGAAGAAGGGGAGACUUAUAAAAAGGUGUUUGGGCCUAUAUUUGUCUACCUUAACACUGCUUCAAGUGAGAAUGAUAAUGCAACUCUCUGGUCAGAUGCUGUACAACAGUUUUCCAAGGAAGUCCAAAGUUGGCCUUAUGAUUUUCCUCAAUCAAAAGACUACUUUCCACCUAAUCAAAGAGGAGCAGUAUUUGGAAGAUUACUAGUCCAAGAUUGGUACUUCAAAGGAGGAAGAUUUCAAUAUACUAAUAAUGCUUAUGUGGGUCUAGCUUUGCCUGGAGAUGCAGGAUCAUGGCAAACAGAAAGCAAGGGCUAUCAAUUUUGGACUCGAGCUAACGCCAAAGGAUACUUUAAAAUAACUAAUGCUGUGCCAGGUGACUAUAAUUUGUAUGCUUGGGUCCCUGGAUUUAUUGGUGAUUACAAAUAUAAUGCUACAAUCACUAUCACCCCAGGAGGAGUUAUAAAAUUAAAUUCACUUGUAUAUAAUCCUCCCAGAAAUGGACCAACCAUUUGGGAAAUUGGUAUCCCAGAUCGAUUGGCUUCAGAAUUUCAUAUACCAGACCCUUACCCUACUCUCAUGAACAAAUUAUACACCAAAAAACACAGUGACAAGUUUAGGCAAUAUGGAUUGUGGAAACGUUACAGUGAUAUAUAUCCAAAUGAUGAUCUUGUUUACACUGUGGGUGUUAACAAUUAUAGGGAUUGGUUUUUUGCUCAUGUUACAAGAAGCACAGGAAAUAAAACAUAUGAACCAACAACAUGGCAGAUUAUAUUUGAACAUAAAAAUGACAUAAUCAGUGGAAACUACACACUUCAACUGGCCUUAGCUAGUGCUGCUGAUUCUAACCUACAGGUUCGUUUCAAUGACCGCAGCAAAGAUCCACCUCAUUUUGCCACAGGGCGUAUAGGAAGAGAUAAUGCCAUAGCAAGGCAUGGAAUUCAUGGAUUGUAUCGGCUGUUCAGCAUUAAUGUGUCUAGUAACCUUCUUGUGAAAGGAAAGAACAUCAUCUACCUGAGGCAGUCCAAAGCCGAUACUCCUUUCCAAGGAGUUAUGUACGAUUAUAUUCGUUUAGAACGACCACCGGCAAUUUGAUUGUGUUCAACUUCUUAUUGACAAAAUAUGUAUAGACAUAUAAUGUAAUUAUACUUUGUGUGUUUCAAUUGAAUUUAUUUUUUUCAUUUUACAAAGGUCUUGAAGUUAAAAACUCAGCAUCGGCUUAAGCCAUUGCAAGAGACAAUGUGGUUUGGUCUUGCUUGUAAAUUGUUAUUUUACUGCUAUGAUAAUAAAGAUUUUUAAUGUCA